AGAUUUGCAACUUUCAUUUGAACUGCUUCGGAAUGAAUGUGAGAAUAGUUUGGUGCUGCUGGAUGGUUAUCCUAGGGAGCCUCCUGAUAGAAGCCAAAGGUCCUCUGGUGGAGGACAGUUCGGACGCGUUGGAAGUAGUGUCGGCAUACGUCAGUCGUGAAAUCGAUGAAACAUAUUUUCUUCCAAGAAAAACCGUACCGUUUCAUUAUUUUAUCCAGUUGACAACCAACGUGCAUAAGAACGAUUUGACAUUCCAAGCGACCACGGAGAUCUACUUCGAUGUGCUGGAACCGACUAGUGAAGUGACGAUGAAUAUACAGGAUCUCGAAAUCGAAUCCACAGAAUUAUCGAAAAUAGUUGGUUUGACAGCUCCGCAAGUUAUAGACAAUCCUCAGUUCACGAUCGAUACCCGGAUUGAGCAUGUAGUGUUUUUAUGUAAAACUGAACUGGCCGUAGGACGGUACAUCCUGAAAGUCACCUACUCCGGAACGAUGCGUAACUAUCAGAGCGGUUAUUUGGUUUCAUCGUACCGAGAUGAUACCAAAAAAGUCGUAUACGUCGGAUCAACUCACUUCCAGGCAACGCUGGCACGUCGAGUUUUUCCCUGUUACGAUGAACCGGACAUGAAAGCCACCUUCACUCUCUGGAUUACACAUGACGCAAAUUACGAUGCGGUAUCCAAUAUGGUUAUCGAUUCGGUUCAAUCGGAUAGCAAAGAUCCGUCGUACCAUUUGACCAAGUUCCGUAAAACGCCAAAAAUGUCGACAUAUCUACUGGCGUUUGCAGUUACGAAUUUCAAGAGCCGAAGCAAAGGUAUGCAUCAGGUUUUGGUGCGACCGAACGCCUUCGAGGAUUCGGCAUUGGCACUCGAAGUUGGUGUGGACAUACUGGAAGCUUUAGAUGAACACACGGGACUGCCGUACAGUGAUUCCAUGGGCAAGAUGACACAGAUUGCCAUCCCGGAUCGCGGUACAGGUGCGAUGGAAAAUUGGGGUUUAGUUACCUAUGGAGAGCCGGCACUGCUGUUCAAUCCAUCGGUCAAUAGCUAUCGCAGUCGUAAACAGGUGACUACGGUUAUAGCUCACGAAUUCGCCCACCAGUGGUUCGGCAAUUUGGUGAGCCCGAAAAAGUGGGAAUACAUUUGGCUGAAUGAAGGUUUUGCCACCCUGUAUCAGUAUCUGGCGACCAAAUUGGCGUAUCCGUCGUCGGAAUACUGGGAGCUGUUCAACGUGGAGGUGGUGCAACGGGCGCUGCGGGCGGAUGCUACCGAAAAUGUUCGACCGAUGAAUCAUCCGGCUGCAUCACCGGAUGAAACGUGGCACCUGUUUGAUGUCAUUGCCUAUCAGAAAUCCGGUAGUGUGCUGAACAUGUUCCGCCACGUGCUUGGCGACGAAAACUGGCAGCUUGGAUUGAACAUCUACCUGAAAAGCCACAAACUGGAUAGCGCAACUCCGGAUGAUCUGUAUGCGGCGCUUCAAGAAGCAAUCGAUGAAAAAGGUGUGAUCCCUAAGACUCACACCAUCAACGAACUGAUGAAAUCGUGGACAGACGCCGCCGGAUAUCCUUUGCUGAACGUCCGGCGGUUGUACGGAACCUACGAAGUGAUCAUUUCACAGGAACACUUUUUGGCGGAUAAACGCCUUCCGGAUGAUCACGUAUGGCACAUCCCGUACAAUUUCGUUCACCGUAGUGCACCGAGAGCGGAUGACCAGGGUCAAAUCCAUUGGUUGUCAAGCAAAGCAGCUAAACUUACGAUAAACACAGCCGGCAACCAGUGGAUCAUUUUCAACCGGGAACAAUUCGGUUACUAUCGAGUGAACUACGAUGCACAGAAUUGGCAGCUGAUAAUUCAAGCCUUACUUGAAAAUCCACUGUCGAUCAACCGUGCCAAUCGUGCUCAACUGAUCGAUGAUUCCUUCAAUCUGGCCCGAUCGGAUCGCCUGGACAUGUCGGUGGCCCUCAAACUGCUAACCUACUUACGUUACGAAACAGAUUACCUUCCGUGGGCCGCCGCCAAUAACGUACUCAACUAUUUCUACAUUAAGCUUCGUGGCACUGCUCACUAUCCCAAUUUUGUGAAAUUCGUUGAAGAAAUCACCGCCGAAACGUACAAAACUCUCCGGGUCGACACGAUUGCCAACGAGGAAACGACUCUGCACAAAUAUCUGAAGCAAACUGUCUCCAAUUGGGCUUGCCGAGUCGGUAACCAGGACUGUCUGGACAAGGCUUAUGUCGCUCUGAAAAAGGAAGUCGAUGGUGGAGAGUCCGUUCAUCCGGACGUGGCAUCCGUGAUCUAUUGCCAUGGGCUACGCGACGGAACCUACAAUGAACUAUCCUACCUGAACCCGAAGAGGGAUGGCUCUCGCAAUCAAGCUCAACGUUCGGAUCUGAUUGCCGCACUCGGUUGCUCGAAAGACGAAGCCAGCAUUAAGUCAUUGUUGUUCUUGCUCAAGGUACCGACCGUAACCUACUUGUCUUCCGAGCGUUCACAGUUUGUGGAUGCCAUCCUAGCCGGCAGCCGUGAAGGAAUUGACACCUUGAUUAACUACCUGAUGGCGGAUAAUAACGCGAAAGAGUUACUGGUCAUUCUCGGUGAAGGUAAGUUCAACGAAAUUAUAGUGGGAAUUGGAUCACUCACCAACAAUGCCACGGAACGGCAGAGAUUGGAACAGUUGUUGGAGGCGUUGCAGGAGAUCCUAAAACCCGAAACGGCAACGAAUGCCCGAGCAUCUGCUACGGCGAACGCUGAUUGGUUCGACAGUCUAGAGGGGCUGGUGUCUGUUGAAUUUUUCGAGCAGUAUGAAAAUAAUGUAUAGUUAACAACAUGAAAAUAAUGUACAGUGAUCAGAAAAUAGAUAAAGACUGUCCCAGA